AUGUCUCUCCCCUCCUGCCAGGCCCAGAGGGGCUUCAGUGCUCGCUCGGCCUGCUCCGCUCGCUCAGGGGGCCGCCGCGGGGGCAGCUUCAGUAGCAGGAGCUUUGGUUCCUUCGGAGGGUGCAAGGGGGGCUCUCGUGGGAGGGCCUGGGGAUCAGGGGGAAGGCUAGGGGUGCGGCUUGGGGAGGGCCGCUGUGGGCCUGGACUUUCCCUGUGCCCACCGGGGGGCAUCCGGGAAGUGACCAUCGACCACAAUCUGCUGACCCCGUUGAAGAUUGAGAUUGACCCCCAGUUCCAGGCGGUGCGGACCCAGGAGACCCAAGAGAUCAGGACCCUCAACAACCAGUUUGCUUCCUUCAUUGACAAGGUGCGGUUCCUGGAGCAGCAGAACAAGGUCCUGGAGACGAAGUGGCACUUGCUGCAGCAGCAGGAGGUGAGUGACAGUCCCCAGAGCCUGGAGUCUGUCUUCGAGGCCUACCUGGCCCGGCUCAGGAAGCUGCUGGAGCAGCUUCAGAGCGAACGAGGGGCCCUGGACGCCGAGCUGAAGUCUUGCCAGGACCAGGAAGAGGAGCACAAGGCCAAGUAUGAGCAGGAGGCCCACAGGCACGCCACACUUGAGAAUGACUUUGCGGUCCUCAAAAAGGAUGUGGAUGGGGUUUUCCUGAGCAAGAUGGAACUAGAAGGCAAGCUGGAGUCUCUGCAAGAGUAUUUCUGCUUCCUGAGGCAUCUGUAUGAAGAAGAGCUGAGCCAGCUCCAGACCCAGGCCAGCGACACGUCCGUGGUGCUGUCCAUGGACAACAGCCGCUGCUUGGACCUCAGCGACAUCAUCGCUGAGGUGCGCGCCCGGUACGAGGAGAUCGCCCGGAACAGCAAAGCCGAGGCCGAGAUGCUGUACCAGACCAAGUACCAGGAGCUUCAGGUGUCUGCACAGCUUCACGGGGAUAGCAUGAAGGCAACCAAAGUCCAGAUCUCUCAGCUGCAGCAGGCGAGUCAGAGGCUGCAGAGUCAGAUUGAGAAACUCAAGAAGCAGAACGCCGGCCUGCAGGCCACCAUCGCUGAUGCUGAGCAGCGUGGGGACCUGGCCCUGAAGGACGCCCGGGCCAAGCUGGACAAGCUGGAGGCCACUCUGAGAACAGCCAAGCAGGACCUGGCCCGACUGCUGCGUGAGUACCAGGAGCUGAUGAGCACGAAGCUGGCCCUGGACGUGGAGAUCGCCACCUACCGCAGGCUGCUGGAGGGCGAGGAGUGCAGGAUGUCUGGGGAAUGCACCAGCCAGGUCACUAUCUCUCUGGGGGGAGGCAGCGCCGUCGUGUCUGGAGGAGCUGGUGGUGGCCUGGGGGCCACUUGUGGACUCGGAGGCGGGACAGGCAGCUUCGGGUCCAGCUGCUCCAGCAUCGUGACUGGAGGCUCCAGCAUCAUCCUGGGCUCUGGACAGGGCCCUGAUUUGGGCCCCUGCUCUGUGUCCGGCUCUGGCUCCAGCUCCGGCUCCAGCUCUGGCUGUCACACCAUCCUGAAGAAGACAGUGGAGUCAAGUCUGAAGACGUCCAUCACAUACUGAGUGACCUGCCGGCCACUUGCUCCCCAUGCCUUCCCGAGCCCUCUCAGCCCCGUUCCCACCUCUACCGCCCUGCACGGCCAGCUCUGUGUCCAUUGCCCACAGCCUGAGCCCGCCCACAGGGGAUUCUGCAUAAGUCAA